AUGAAAAUAGCUGUUCCUGUGAUUGUCAAUGUGACCGUCGAAGAUUCUGGACUCAACGGAUUAUUUGUCGUUAAAGUGACUAUGCGAUUAACAUGGGGUUUUGCUCAUGCAACAUGUUCCGAUACAGCAAUAUCAUCUGGUGCAUGGAUGGGUGAUUCAGCUUCUAUUUCAUGCUCUGGCUGCACAUCAAGUUAUUUAGGGGCCUAUCGAAUCCGUUGUCAGGAUUUUAUGACAGGUUCAUGGAGCUCUGGUGAAAACAGUUUCACUUUAAACACAACAACAACCAAACAAUUUACAUUCUGGUUUUCCAGCGGUACUUGGUUUGCUUUACAAUCAGGUGGAGGGUUUUGGAAUUUAAACUCCACAGUUGACCUUGCAACACGACAGGAUACAGGGGGAAUAAACUCGUCACCUACAGUUAACAUGCCAUCUGUAAUAUACUGGCAAACAGGAUGUUCUUAUACAUAUACUUUACCAGUUAAUGACGUAGAUGGUGACGUCAUACGAUGCAGAUGGGCAAACGGAUCCACUGAAUGUGCAGAUGUUUGUCAGGCUUUUUCAGAAGCUUCCUUAAAUGAGGCGACAUGUACUAUAUCAUACACAGCAGGUACCGCCACAGGGUUUUACGCUGUAGCCAUACAAGUUGAAGAUUUUAUUACCACAACUUCAACAACACCUCUAAGUAGCAUACCUCUUCAAUUCAUGAUAAACAUUUAUUCAGGGAGCGGUUGUUCAGAUGCACCGCAAUUUAUAGACCCAACACCUACUGUCAACACAAAGCUCGUUACUGACAUCGGCAAUCAGUACAGCUUUACAAUCAAAGUACAGGGACCGCACGCAUUUCUAAGACUCGUUAUAUUAUCAGAGAUAGGAAUUUCGCAGUCAUCAACAACAUUUUUGGUGUCCACUGUAUACGUCAUGACGGUAACUGCUACAUGGACAUCUACCAUCGCUGACGCUGAUUUGGAUCACAGAGUUUGUUAUUAUGCAAGGGAUACAAUAGGAGUUACUAGCGAAUCAAGAUGCAUUAUUUUACAUGCUACAGAUACAAAUAAAUGUGUGAGUGAUCCAUGCCAGAACAACGGGACCUGCAACAAUAUUCUCAAAAGUUAUACAUGUUCUUGUCAACCGGGAUAUGAAGGUGUAAACUGUGAACUCGAUAUCGAUGAAUGUGCUGCCAAGUCCAAUCUUUGUGAACACACGUGUUUGAAUGUGGACGGAUCAUAUGAAUGCCUGUGUAACAUUGGAUAUAGAACAAGAUCAACAAAUAAUAGUCUUUGCAAUGAUAUCAACGAAUGUGACGAAUCGAUUCAUAAUUGUAGUCAGCUCUGUGAAAAUGUGAACGGUGGUUUCCAGUGUAGCUGUUUUACAGGUUUUACCUUUAACAAUGUCACAUGGAACUGUGACAAAGAUGUCAAAACAACAUGUACAGAAACAAAAAUCAUCAACUGUAGUCACACCGCUGGUUGUACUGUAGAUGAAAUCUCUUUAAAUGAGACAUGUUUUUGCGAAAAUGGGUUUGAACUUUCUACUGAUGGCACUGCAUGUAUAGAUAUUGAUGAAUGUGAACGUAAUAUAUGUCCUCAAAGAUGCGUAAAUACUUUUGGAGGAUUUAAAUGUUUGUGCUAUUCCGGUUUUAAACUUCAAGAAGAUUUGAGUUGUAAAGAGUGUGAAUUUCCCUUUUGGGGCGAUGGCUGUUUAAAUGAAUGUAAAUGUUCAGAAAGAGGAGCUACAGACUGUAACCCUGUGCGUGGGUGCAUAUGUAAAGAUGGUUGGCAUGGCGACAAGUGCGAU